GAGAGCCACACACAUCUGCUGAGCUCUGCUGAGAUGAAGACCGUUCUGUUCCUGGGGCUCGUCCUCUUCGCAGCACUGGCGCUGCCCGGCGCUGAGGGCAAAGUGUUUGAGAGGUGCGAGCUGGCGAGACUCCUUCGGCAACGUGGCUUCAGCGGGUUUGUAGGCCGCAAAGUGGCUGAUUGGGUCUGCCUGGCGUACCAUGAGAGCGGAUACAGAACCGAUGCCGUGCACGACAAUGGCAGCAGCCGCGACUACGGAAUUUUCCAGAUCAAUAGCCUGUAUUGGUGUGAUGAUGGCAAGACACCCGGUACCAAGAACGCCUGCCGAAUUUCCUGUAGCAGGCUUUUGGAUGAUGACAUUGAAGAUGAUAUCCGCUGUGCCAAGAUGAUAGCCCAGGAAGCCCGAGGCCUGACUCCCUGGGUGGCCUGGAACAGGUAUUGCCAGGGAGAUGUUGACCCCUACGUCCAGGGCUGCUGGCACAGAGAUCUUGGGAACGUCUUGUAAAUGUUUGAGGCCGAAGAUCGACACUGGGGAAGGUGGCGCCAGGGAAUGAUUGCGUUGGUGACAGAUCAGUGAUUCAGUUUGUCUUGCAUCUCCAACGGGAACACGCUGAUAAUGCAGGUGGCCCAAGCCGUAGAGUCAAUGUGAUUUGAGAAAAUCUUCCCCCCAAAUGAUUUUGCAGUAGGAUAUUUGUGAUUAAUAAAGCCAAUACGAAACCA